AUGGUGCUAGCCGAGGAAGCCGGCUUCUCCUUCCUCGAUGGGCCCAUGGUGCGCACCCUGGAGUCUAUUGCCUGUCGCCAAUACUAUACCUCCACCGCAGCCAAAGCACUCGAGCUCUUCAUGAUCCCGCUCGUCACCAAGGUUGCCCCUGAAGGCAAGGACCGUAAUUUGAAGCGCGUCACGACUUCCCAUCUGAAACACGCGGUGGCCAAGGACGAGGUGUUGGACAUUUUGGCCGACAUUAUCGCCAAGGUGCCCGAUCAACCCGUCGGACGGAAACACGAAGAUGACGGCAGCGACCAAAACGAAGGGCGUCGGAAGCGUAGUGGACGGGCGAUCCAAGGGGGAGAGCGACUAGAGCUGGGAAAAAGGACACGACUGGCGAGGUGA